CAGACUCGGACCGCACGUUCAAUCUCCCCCAAGGCUUGGCUUUCCCCAGUCAGCUUAUCCCGGUCAAGGUUUUCUAGUUUUGGUCUUCUGCGGUCUCUAGCGGGGCGAGGCCUUAUCUCUAUCCUCGGGGCAUUCUUCCAUUCUGAUUUCUUGGCUUGCGGAGAGGCGCAGGAGGACUGGGUAUAACACCCCCUCCCCUAAGGCCCUUUUUAGAAGGGCUGAUCACCUGUUAUCCGUCGUAUUUCUCUUCUCUUUUCUAUUUACUCUUUUUUUCUCCUCCUUAGCUUGUUUCUCCCCCGGGCUUUCCCCCCAAACACUAUAACUCUGAUUAACGCAACCAUCGGGGUAUUCAAACACUUGCCUCCUCUACGUUUGCGCCCUACACAUGGCGUCGCACGAGGUCAAGAGCGAGGGCUACACCUCGGAGUCCCAAGUGAAACGCGAGUACAGUGGCGAUGAUGUUGGUAGAGUCGAGGAGGGUGGUCUUUCCGAUCCCAACCAUGUUGACCUGCACCGCGCCCUCAAGGCGCGACACAUUACUAUGAUUGCCAUUGGUGGUGCAAUUGGAACCGGUUUGAUUAUCGGUACGGGUGAUGCUCUUGCAAAGGCUGGCCCUGGUUCUCUCCUGAUCGCCUACGCUUUUGUGGGUUUCAUUGUGUAUCUGGUUAUGUGUGCUCUUGGAGAGAUGGCCGCGUGGCUUCCUCUCCCCUCUGGUUUUACUGGUUACGCCGUGCGAUUCUGCGAUCCCGCGCUCGGAUUCACGCUUGGUUGGACAUACUGGUUUAAAUACAUUAUUCUAUCACCAAAUCAGUUAACGGCAGGCGCACUCGUCAUAUCAUACUGGCUUCCACAAGAUAAAGUCAACGCAGGAGUCUGGAUCACGGUCUUGUUGAUCGCGAUUGUAUGCAUCAACUACUUUGGUGUCCGCUUCUUCGGUGAAUUCGAAUUCUGGCUGUCCUCGUUCAAGGUCAUCGUCAUCCUGGGUAUCAUUCUGCUCUCGUUCAUUCUCAUGCUGGGCGGUGGUCCCGACCACGACCGCAAGGGCUUCCGCUACUGGAAGAGUCCCGGUGCGUUCAACCACUACAUCAUGGAGGGUGAUGCUGGCCGCUUCCUUGCGUUCUGGUCGACCAUGGUCUCUGCCACAUUCGCCUUCCUGGGCACCGAAUUGGUCGGUGUUACGGUCGGUGAGGCGCAGAACCCCCGUCGUGCGAUCCCCCGUGCGAUCAAGUUGACUUUCUGGCGUAUCCUGAUCUUCUACGUGCUUUCGGUUCUCCUGGUCGGUACCCUUGUGCCAUACAAUGACGAGAAGCUUCCCUACAACAACUCCAAGUUCGCCAAGUCGGCCAGCUCCGCUGCUGCCUCGCCCUUUGUUGUUGCCAUCGAGAACUCUGGAAUCCCCGUGUUGUCCCACAUCAUCAACGCUUGCAUUCUGCUUUUCGUCUUCUCCGCUGCCAACUCGGAUCUGUACAUCGCAACCCGUACUAUCUACGGUCUUGCUCGCGAGGGCAAGGCGCCCAAGAUCUUCGCCCGUACCGACCGUCGCGGUGUCCCCAUCUACGCGCUGGCCAUCUGCUCUUCCAUUGCCCUCAUUGCCUAUAUGAACGUCUCCAACGACUCCAAGACCGUGUUCAAGUACUUCGUCAACCUGGUCACUAUCUUCGGUCUCCUGACCUGGGUCUCCAUCCUGGUCACCCACAUCUACUUCGUGCGCGCCCGCCGAGCCCAGAACGUGCCAGACUCCGAUCUGGCCUACGUCGCACCCUUCGGCAUUAUCGGCUCCUACGUCGCCCUGGGCUUCUGCAUCCUGAUCGUUUUCACAAAGAACUAUGACGUCUUCACACACAGCAAGAAAUGGGGCAACUUCGACUACAAGAACUUCAUCACCGCGUAUCUCGGUAUCCCUCUCUAUCUGAUCUUGAUCUUCGGAUACAAAAUCGUUACCAAGUGCAAGGGUGUCAAGCCCGAGGAGGCCGAUCUGUGGACUGGCAAGGACCAGAUCGACCGUGAGGAGGCUGCGUAUAUUGCGCAGCAUGAGGCCGAGAUGGAGAAGCAUGCGGGCUCACACUGGUUCUACCGCAAGUUUGUGUCUUGGCUGUUCUGAUCGCAUCUCACAUUUGGAUGUGGGCGGCGCGUAUAUUGGGUUUCUGCGCUUUGCGUUCAUGGUCACUCUUAUGACUCGGUAGUUCUUUAGCUAUAUGGGUUUGGCGGUAGACUAUCAAUUUACGAGAUAUGAGCUUUAGCAAAUCAUUAUCA